AAAAAUCCGCACAGUCCACCGCUGCAUCAGUACAUGCUAGCGGCGUAGCGUUAGCUGUGACGGCGGGACACCCUGGAAGAGACGGAGACCCCUCCGGAGGAUGACCGGCGGCGCGGACUGGAAGUGAACAUCGUCGUGGCACGAUGUGAGAUGAACCGGGGCAAAGCAGCGAGCGAGGCCGGCGACAUCAUGCUGGUCCGGGGCUCGCCCGGUCGAGGCCGAGCCAGAGUGACUCAUGCGGUGGUGGUGAUCUUCCUGGAGUUCUUCGCCUGGGGGCUGCUGACCACGCCCAUGCUGACUGUCCUCCAUGAGACGUUUCCUCAGCACACCUUCCUGAUGAACGGCCUGGUUCAGGGAGUGAAGGGUUUCCUCUCGUUCCUGUCGGCUCCUCUGAUCGGCGCUCUGUCGGACAUCUGGGGCAGGAAGUCCUUCCUCCUGAUGACCGUCUUCUUCACCUGCGCUCCGAUUCCCUUCAUGAGGAUCAGCCCCUGGUGGUAUUUCGCUCUGAUCUCCGUCUCAGGGAUUUUCGCUGUGACCUUCUCGGUGAUCUUCGCCUACGUCGCCGACAUCACAGAGGAACACGAGAGGAGCACCGCCUACGGACUGGUAACUACGACCACACAGCCACACAGCGGUACCACUACACAACUACACAACCACACAGCG